CGCCUUAGCUGCGCCCUCCGAGGGCGGGAGCGUGCUGCACCCAGGAGUGGGAGCUGGGGUGGCUGGAAGCCCGGCUCCAGCCGAGUAGAGCGGCGCGCGGGGAGCUGGGGUGUUGCACGCCGGCAGGCCGGGCGGGAAAGGUGCGGCUUUGCAACAAAACAGUCGCCAGAGAUGCGGGGGCCGGCUCCCCCCACCAGUAGCUGCUGGUGGUGGUGACGAUGUCAAAUAACGGCCUAGACAUUCAAGACAAACCCCCUGCCCCUCCGAUGAGAAACACCAGCACUAUGAUUGGAGCUGGCAGCAAAGACGCAGGAACCCUAAACCACGGUUCCAAACCUCUGCCUCCAAACCCAGAGGAGAAGAAAAAGAAGGACCGCUUUUACCGAUCCAUCUUACCCGGAGAUAAAACAAAUAAAAAGAAGGAGAAGGAACGGCCAGAGAUUUCUCUUCCUUCAGAUUUUGAGCACACAAUUCAUGUUGGUUUUGAUUCUGUCACGGGGGAGUUUACAGGGAUGCCAGAGCAGUGGGCCCGCUUGCUUCAGACAUCAAAUAUCACCAAGUCAGAGCAGAAGAAAAACCCGCAAGCUGUCCUGGAUGUAUUGGAAUUUUAUAACUCAAAGAAGACCUCCAACAGCCAGAAGUAUAUGAGCUUUACAGAUAAAUCAACUGAGGAUUAUAAUUCUUCUAACACUUUGAAUGUGAAGGCGGUGUCUGAGACCCCUGCAGUGCCAUCCGUUUCAGAAGAUGAAGAUGAUGAUGAUGAUGCUGCCCCACCUCCAGUGAUUGCUCCACGCCCAGAGCACACAAAAUCUGUGUACACACGGUCUGUGAUUGAACCGCUUCCUGUCACUCCUACUCGGGACGUGGCCACAUCCCCCAUUUCACCUGCUGAGACUGAUCCCGCUCCAGCAGACGCUCUGGCCCGGAACACUGAGAAGCAGAAGAAGAAGCCUAAAAUGUCCGAUGAGGAGAUCUUGGAGAAAUUACGGAGCAUAGUGAGUGUGGGCGAUCCUAAGAAGAAAUACACACGGUUUGAGAAGAUUGGACAAGGUGCUUCAGGCACUGUAUACACUGCAAUGGAUGUGGCCACAGGACAGGAGGUGGCCAUUAAGCAGAUGAACCUUCAGCAGCAGCCGAAGAAAGAGCUGAUUAUUAAUGAGAUCCUGGUCAUGAGGGAAAACAAGAACCCAAAUAUCGUGAACUACUUGGACAGUUACCUUGUAGGAGAUGAACUGUGGGUUGUCAUGGAAUACUUGGCUGGAGGCUCUUUGACAGAUGUGGUGACAGAAACCUGCAUGGAUGAAGGCCAGAUUGCAGCUGUGUGCCGUGAGGUAAGGCCAGUGGCCAACCAGCCUGAAGCCGGAAGUGGCCUCCAUAUUCAUGCCUUGUACCUCAUUGCCACCAACGGGACCCCGGAGCUUCAGAACCCAGAGAAGCUGUCAGGCAUCUUCCGGGACUUUCUGAACCGCUGUCUUGAGAUGGAUGUGGAGAAGAGAGGUUCAGCUAAAGAGCUGCUACAGCAUCAGUUCCUGAAGAUAGCCAAACCCCUGUCCAGCCUCACUCCACUGAUUGCUGCAGCCAAGGAGGCAGCCAAGAACAAUCACUAAAACCACGCUCACCCAGCCUCGUUGUGCCAAGCCUUCUGUGAAAAUAAAUGCGUAUUUCAGAACCUGACCCUGACGCUCCCCGUUCCUUGCCUUGCUCCUCCCAUUUCCUGGUCUAGCGUGCUCAAGACUUUUAUCCUGGAAAGCCGUGUGUCCAGCACUGAAGAGAACUGCAACUGACUAAUCAGAUGACGGCCGUUUCCAAAUUAGGAAUUUCCUCUCGAUUUAUAGAUAUGAGGGUGGUUUAUGAGCAGGGGUUUAUUUGAAUUAACCUUUGGACCUUCUAUUUCUAUAUAGAAAAAUCUUCUACACCCACUUUGUGCCCACCCCUGCCCAUCAGUUCUUGAAUAUAUAAAUAUUUGGCUUUAUAACAUCAUCCGUAAUCAGUUGGGAUUUCUUUAGUGCUCGAUUUUCUGUCCAAAUACCUUAUUGUACUUGAAAAUUGGAGUACCUUGAGGAAUGCCAUGCGGGUUGAUAAUCCGCCGGGGACAUAAAGUGGCUCAUCUGGACCAUGACUUGGCGCAGCUGAUCGUGAUAUGGGCGAGAGCUACCAUGUUUUUCUUUGUGUGUGCUUCCAGCCGCUGUUUGGGAGGAUCUUGACCCAGCAGUCUUUCCCAUGCUAUUUCUUGUGAAAUGGUGUUGGCUACGUAGCAGCUUUUGACUCCCUAAAUUCCCUAGGCUGCUGCCCCCAUUCUGUCUUUGUUUAGAACAUUGAGAGGUUUCCUAGGGCACAUGCUGUAUGAGAACAAUAUGAGAAGUCGUGGGGAGGGGGGGGGAAUGUAGCUCCUUUUAGAACAAGGCUGGGCAUCACCCCGCUAUACCUAUGUGAUGUUUCAAGAACUCAACCUGUUUUUACAUUUAGGAUAAACUGCUGGAAGAUUAACUCAGAUCUUCUGAUGGCCUAAAUCUUUGGGUCAAAGAGGAGGAUCUCCAAAUCUGAGAUUCCCUGUUCCUGUUGGACUGAUCUGGUGGCCUGAGGUGAUACUCUGCCAGCCGUGAAGGGACCCUGUUUUACAAUGCAUGGCCAAGCUGUCUGCAAACGGAAACUCUUGCACCAAGUGUCAGGGAUGUUCGCUACCUCCUGCUAUCUUUGUGGUUUUGGUCUCCCCGCUGUGACGGGACCCCUGGCCUGCACUGUGGCUUGUCAUGCCGGCCCUACUGGCUACCUUGUCAGGCUCUGAGGUGCCACUGCCUCUGCAGCACAGGUUUUAUUUCCUUCAAUAAAAGGAGAUGAAAAUAG